AUGGCCACUUCUACAAAGCAAGGUGGCUCAUCUCCCUCUCGGCGAGGCAAGUCCAAGAAGUCGGACACUUCACCCAGCAGACCACCUGCUGGACCUCGGAAGAGAACCUAUACGCUCGAAGAUCUUGCCGCAGAUACCCCUUCCGACACAGGCGCGCUCGAAAGGCACGAGGAUUUCCCGCAUCUACCCGCUCAGAAGCACUGGAAACAACUCUUUAGCGCGGGCGUUGGUAUUAGCAGAAACAGGACGUUUAUUUGCGACAAGGAAUUAGCUCAACGUGUGAUCGAGGGCUUGAAUCUCGACGAGGCGGAGGGACAAGUGACCAUCGUCGAGGCGUAUCCUGGUCCUGGCAUCCUCACACGGCUUUUGUUGGAACAUCCAAAGGUGGAGAAGGUGAUCGCAAUGGAAGACAACCCGACGUACCUGCCAUGUAUCCAGGCCCUGCAAAACGAUCCGACAGUCGCGGGCGGCCCUCCGGGCUCAAAGCUCCUGAUCGAGCAAACGAACGCAUACAAGUGGGAAGCACACACAAACGCCAUUCUGAGGGGAGCCUUUGACCACCUGCAAGGCAAAUUGCCCGGAGAUGGUAACGGAGAGGAGACCAUCGAUGUUGAAGCCAUCUCGCAAGGAAAGGUUUCUAGCUUAAGGAAGCACGAUACGGAAAGCUGGAACGCCAAAUCGCCAAUCAUCUUCCUUGCUCAGCUUCCAAAUAUUGUGUACUCGGAGCAAUUGUUCGCCCAGCUCUGUCACGCCAUCGCCCACCGGCAAUGGUACUUUCAGUUCGCCCGCGUCAAGAUGGCGUUUGUAUGCUCUGAAGCGCUGGCAAACCGAGCUCUUGCUGAGCCAGGGACUCGCGCUCGAGCCAAAUUGGGCGUGAUCGUACAGUCACUCGGCGACGUCACCAAGGCCCUUCCUGCUUCGGAGUUCCUUCCCCACUCGCAGAAGAUUUAUCCAAGCACAGCACUUCGAGAUCCCGGAGUCAUCCAGAGAGAGAUAGAUAUCAACGAGGGUAAGGUGCUUGCGGCUUACAAGACUGCGAGGUUGGCGGCCAACCUCAGCAAAAGAGGUACAAGCUUGAUCGUCGUGGAUCCCAAGAUCAAGCCACUAGUUGGUCACGGAGAGCUGGAUGCUUUGGAAUUCAUCACUCGCAACCUGUUUGUGCUUCGCAAUCAGACUCUCGAACAAGCUCUCAAGCACGUCGCUCCCGGUGCCGAGAACCUUCUGCAGCACCUGAAGCCAGGGACGGAAGAGACGAGGGAUCACCCGGAAAGGAUCAUUCUGCCUGACUAUAUCGUCAUGCAUCUGACCAACGAGCAGUGGGCUGCGCUGGCAAGAGUCUUCGACUGCUGGCCCUUCCGACCGCAGAUUCUCAUUGAGGAUCAGAGGGUUCCCGGAGGAGAAUUGCCAGGCUUGUUGUAA